UCAACGUUUAGCCAUUGAGUCCCACAUUUUACAAAUGACAUCAAGGCGAAAUGAUUUACAUCACCUUCUCAUUGCAUGGAUCGGUGUGAUUCCCUUGCUUAUUCGAGGGAAUAUUGCGAACUGUUCAGAUGCGUUAGGUCUCUCAACCAAUAAAAUCGCUGAUGACUCGAUAUCUGCCACCACUUGGCAGCCUGGAAGGAGUGAUCCUUGGUAUGGUCGGUUGAACAACCAAUCACGACGCAGUUGGUGUGCAGCUGUGGUUGAUGAUAUGCAGUAUCUUCAGAUUGAUUUGGGUCCUAAACUGCGGUUAAUAACUGCGGUAGCCAGUCAAGGAAGUCAUAACUAUGACGAAUGGGUGACUAGUUAUAAACUCUCAUACAGCACAGAUGGCGGGAAAUGGAAAUUCUUUGGAAAAGGCAACAUACCGGAGAUAUUUGAUGCAAAUAAAAAUCGGGGAACUGGAGUGAAGCACCAAAUAAAUCCGCCUAUCGUAGCUGCGGCCCUACGGUUCUACCCAGUGACGUGGGAGGGUGAUAUGUGUAUGAGGGUUGAAGCAUUUGGAUGCGAUGACAUAGUGAGAUCGGAUCUUGGCUACGCAACACCAACGGAGACUAUAGGGGACAAUCACAAGAGCUUAGUCGCAAAUUAUGUUUCUACAGCUUACUCAGAAGCGUUAGGGGUGGAAAAUAGUAGUGUGAUUCAAGAUAAAUAUCUGACAGCGUCUCACCAUAAGUACGCUUACGAUGCACGAAAAGGAAGACUCUAUAACUUGGAGAACGCAUGGUCAGCUUAUCCAAGAGCGGGAAACUUCUUUGAAAUCUCCAUCGGAAGACAGCUGAGCAUUAUUACAGCUGUAGCCACACAGGGUUUCAAGAAUAAAUAUCACGAAGCCUGGGUAAUAAGUUACAAGUUGAGUUACAGCUUGUGGGGAGACGAAUGGAUGGAAUACAUUGAUGAUGGCGAAGUUAAGAUAUUUCGUGGCAACAAUGAUCCCAACACAGUAGUAAAGAAUUACCUCCGACAUAAUAUAACAGCAUUAUGUGUACGUUUUUGGCCUGAAACGUAUUAUAAUCGCCCUGGAUUGAGAGUUGAGUUGUACGGCAGUAAAGAUGUUUGCCAAAACCCUCUUGGCGUGGAGAGCGGAGACUUAUCCAAUGUACAGUUCACUGCAUCGAGUCAAUCACCAGCUGAAAGUGAUGCCUGGAAUGGUCGCUUAAACAAGGGGAAGGCCUGGUGCGCGGGAAGAAAUGACGAUAAACAGUAUCUUCAAGUAGAUUUAGGAAGAGUUUAUACGGUAGCGCGAGUCGCCACCCAGGGUCAUCCUGUCAAUCUGCAGUGGGUGAUCCGUUAUGAAGUGGCUUACAGUAUGGACAACAUAUUUUGGAGGAAAGCUCUUGACGAAAGCAAGUCAAAGACCCUGAGUGGCAAUACAGAUCACAACACGGCGAAGGAAGUCCAAUUCUACAAACAUGUAACGGGCAGAUUCCUGAGAUUCCUUCCUGUGGAGUGGAAUGAAGCAAUCUGCAUGAGAGUAGAGGUCUACGGUUGUGAAGAAUGCGCACAUCCAGUUGGUAUUGAGCGUGGAGUGGUACCAAAUCAAGCCUUUUCAGCCUCGUCAUGGUAUGACGUGGACCAUGAGCCUUGGCUGGCAAGACUCUACAGUAGAGACGGCGAGGGAGCCUGGUGCGCACUGGAAAAUGAUGGGAAACAGUACCUACAGGUCGAUCUGGCUCAAAUACAUAUCAUAACGGGCGUUGCUACUCAAGGAAAGUACGAAACAUCUGAAUGGGCAAUUCGUUUCAGAGCUUGGGUGACAAACUUUAGCUUAUCUUUCACUGACGAUCAUAUGCUUUGGGUUAACUACACUGAGGAUGGAGUUUCUCCGAAGGUCUUUGAUGGAAAUUCACAGAGCAUUCAAGUUAUUCGACAUACACUUUUGAAAAGAAUAACUUCUCGACAAAUAAGGUUUCUUCCGGUUACGUGGUUUGGAUGGACAUGCAUGCGGGUUGAAGUUUUUGGAUGUAAAACUUGCUCUUCUGCUAUUGGCAUGGAAGAUUUUCACUGGCCAUCUGAGUCGAUUCUAGUUUCGUCCGUUAAUUCUGGACAUGAUGCUGCAAAAGCCAGACUUUUCAAUACAUACACAUGGCUUCGAGGCCAUAAUGAUAAGGACUCUUUUCUGCAAAUUGGAAAUGGCAUAGAUGAAUAG